AUGCCGCCACUUCUCGUCGAUCUCGAUAGUGAACUUUAUACUGAUGAACCUAUUUAUGAUCCUGAUAUUCAUUUGGCAUUGAGUGAACCUGAUUUUGUCGUCUUACUCGAUGGUUUUCAACAUGUGUCAAAAGCACCACAAUUGUCUAAACCUAUAGCAGCCACUGGAGAAAGUCAAAUAGCUUACACAGGACCAUUUCGAGUGUUGAGUGAUCGUGAUAAUGAUUAUUCAUAUACAUUUUCCUUAAUAUGUCGCUAA